UUCUCUUCAUCAAUCACUUAUUACUACUUAGUUACCUUCGGUCGUCUUCCUUUCCAAAUAACUUAUACUACAUUAAUGUCGCAGAACAAAAUCCCUGAAUCUGUUCUGUAGCGGUUAUCGAUCAGAUUCGUGUGGCGGUAGUUGUCGAGGAAAUAUCAUGUCUGAUUCCGGCAUGGAGUUGGCCGUCACCCUCGGAUUGACGGCGAUGAUCUCUGUACUGAUUUUUGUAAUCCGGCGCCGGAGAAAAAACCGCCGGCCGAAUCUUCCGCCGGGCAGCAUGGGAUGGCCUUUCCUCGGCGAGACAAUCGCCUACCUCAAGCCUUAUCCAGCCACCACUGUCGGAGAAUUCAUGGAGCGCCACAUUUCGAGGUAUGGGAAAAUCUACAGGUCGCAUUUGUUUGGGGAACCGACAAUAGUGUCCGCCGACGCAGGGCUGAAUCGAUUCAUUCUACAGAACGAAGGGAAGCUGUUCGAGUGCAGCUAUCCUCGGAGCAUCGGAGGGAUCCUCGGAAAGUGGUCGAUGCUCGUUCUGGUCGGAGAAAUGCACAGAGAUAUGAGGAUCAUUUCUCUCAACUUCCUCAGCAAUGCUCGCCUCAAAACUCAUCUUCUCCGCGAGGUCGAGAAGCACACCUUGCUCGUGCUCUCCUCAUGGCAGGACAAUUCCCUAAUCCGCGCGCAGGACGAGGCGAAAAAGUUCACCUUCAACUUAAUGGCGGAGCACAUAAUGAGCCUCGAGCCAGGAAAGCCGGAGACGGAGCAGCUGAAGAAAGAGUACAUUACAUUCAUGAAAGGAGUGGUUUCUGCUCCAUUGAAUUUCCCCGGCACGGCCUACAGGAAGGCUCUGCAGUCCCGAUCGACGAUCCUGAAAUUCAUCGAGCGGAAAAUGGAGGAAAGGAUGAGACAAGGUCGGGAGGACGACAAGGAUCUUUUGGGAUGGGUGCUGAAGAAUUCCAACUUAUCGAAAGAACAGAUUCUGGACCUGGUUUUGAGCCUUCUGUUCGCCGGACACGAAACCUCGUCGGUCGCCAUAGCCCUCGCCAUUUACUUUCUGCAGAGCUGUCCCACUGCAGUUCAGCAAUUACGGGAAGAACACUGGGAGAUUGCCAGAGCAAAAAGGGGUUCAGGGGAAGACGAUGAUGCAACAGAAUUGAGCUGGGAAGACUACAAGAAAAUGGACUUCACACAGUGUGUAAUAAGCGAGACUUUAAGGCUUGGCAACGUUGUAAGAUUUCUCCACAGAAAAGCCCUCAAAGAUGUUAGGUACAAAGGAUAUGACAUUCCACGUGGGUGGAAAGUGUUGCCAGUGAUAGCAGCAGUGCAUUUAGAUGCAUCACUUUUUGACCAGCCAUGGCACUUCAAUCCAUGGCGAUGGCAGCAGCAGCAGCAGCAGCAGCAGGGUAAUAGAAGCGGCGGCGGUGGCGCAAAUAUAAUUAACGGCGGCGGGUGGUUCAUGCCGUUCGGCGGUGGGCCGCGCCUGUGCGCCGGUUCGGAGCUGGCUAAGCUCGAGAUGGCUCUGUUUAUACACCACCUGGUGCUCCGGUUCGACUGGGCCGCGGCCGAGCCGGACCGGGCUUUCGCAUUCCCGUUCGUGGAUUUUCCCGGCGGGCUGCCGAUCGCCGUCCGGCGGAGGGGGAUCGGAAACAUACAUGGGCUAUAGCUGAUGAUAUAUAUAUAUAUAUAUAAUGAAGACAAGUGAUGGGGCCGGCGAUGGGGAGAGGGAAUAAAAUGGCAGAUUUUGUAUGUCUGAAAGUGAUCGAGGUUUUUUAUUGUUUUUAUUUUUAUUUUUAUUUUUUUGGGAUGGGGUUGGGGGGCCUUGGAUUAUUCAACGGUUGUUUUGGCCUCACCCUCACAUGAGGAAUUAUUAUUGGAUGUAAAGAUCAUCGAUUGAUGUUUUUAGGCAAGUUAUUAGGACCACUUUUAUAUAUAUAUAUGUGAAGAAAAAAGAAAAGAGGAAGGGGAGGUAGAAGAUGAUGAUGAUGAUGAAGAAGAAUUGUUGCAUUGUAUAUGUA